AGCGUCUUGGUAUGUGGGAGGCACUGGCAAACCUCCUGGUUUAUGAACUGUCUGUCAGCCACAUCUGAAGCUGCACAUAUGAGAGAGAAGAGGAAGAGAGGGAAGAGGAGAGAGCAUUUUACUGCCAGAGAGAGAAACAAAGGAGGGAAAAGAGAUUGUGUAUUUGAAUGUAUCGCCUCUAGUGAAGCUUCAACAACGACGAGGAAGAGCAGCUCUGCAGCCUUCAGCGUUAUUAGCAUCACUUUCUGCUUUGGUCAGCUUGGAGCCGAGAAGCAGCCGGAGGAAGUGGAAAAACUUUAAGCAGCUUAAGGGAUUUUUUUGGGAUCAGAUAAGAGGAGCAUAUCAGUGAAACUGAGAAGCAAAGAUGAACCAAACAGCGUCUGUGUCUCAUCAGAUUGAGUGUCAGCCAGUCAAGGAUUCCAAGGAGUUUGUGGACGUCAGCCCCCCGCAGAGGAACUGGAAGGGCAUCGCCAUCUCCCUGCUGGUGAUCGUGGCGGUCUGCUCGCUCAUCACCAUGUCUGUGGUCGUCCUCACGCCUGCGGAGCUCCCCGGCAGCAGCCAGUCCAGGCUGACUGUGGCCGAUCUGUACAAACCGGAGUUCAGCGUCCACGACCCAGAGGCCACGUGGGUCAGCGAUUCAGAGGUGGUGUACAGGAACCGGGACGGUCACGUCAUCAAGUUUAACUUCGCCUCCAACGAGACAGAAGUCAUUCUGACCAACAGCACGUUUGUGGCCUUCAAGGUGGUAAAGUACUCGCUCUCUGCAGAUCUGAAGUAUGCGCUCUUCGCCUAUGAUGUCAAACAGAUGUACAGAUAUUCAUACACGGCGUCUUACAUCGUUUACAACAUCUACACCAGGGAGGUAUGGGAGCUAAACCCUCCGGAGGUUCACAACGCGGUGCUCCAACACGCUGCUUGGGGAAGACAAGGCCAACAGCUGAUCUACAUCUUUGAGAAUAACAUCUACUACCAGUCCGAUGUGAACAGCAACUCUCUGAGAAUCACCUCCUCUGGGAUGGAGGGAGUCAUCUUCAACGGACUGGCCGACUGGUUGUACGAAGAGGAAAUUCUGCGUUCCCACUUGGCUCACUGGUGGUCGCCUGACGGAGAGCGACUGGCUUUCCUCACCAUCAACGACACCCUGGUACCCAACAUGGUUCUGCCCCAGUUCACCGGCAACACCUAUCCCAAAGGAAUACAGUACCCAUAUCCUAUGGCCGGUCAGAGAAACCCUGCCGUCAAGUUGUCGGUGGUCAACCUGUUCGGAGCGACACACACUCAAGAACUGCAGCCUCCAGAUCAGCUCAGGCUCAGUGAUUUCUACGUCACCAUGGUGAAGUGGCUCGGUAAUACUCACCUGGCAGUGCGGUGGGUCAACCGGCCCCAGAAUGCAUCAGUGCUGACGGUGUGUGACGCCACCAUAGGAGUCUGUCUUCAGAGACAUGAGGACUCUUCAGAGACGUGGCUCUCCAUGCAGGGACAGGAGCCGCUGUUCUCCAAGGACAGGAGCAGGUUUUUCCUCACUCUGCCCAUGAAACAAGGCGGUCACGGAGAUUUCCACCACAUCACAAUGUUCUCCAAGAAGUUACGAAGUGACCACGACGAAGUUCGACACUUAACGUCAGGAGACUGGGAGGUGACAAAAAUUGCCGCUUACGAUGAAAACAACCAGAUUAUAUACUUUCUGAGCACAGAGGACUCUGCACAACAAAGACAUUUAUACAGUGUGUCCACCCUUGGCCUGUUUCCACAGCGAUGUCUCACCUGUGGACUCAAGGAAGAGUGUUCAUUCUUUGACGCCAACGUCAGUCCCGAUGCACAGCACGCCAUCCUGCACUGCAAAGGUCCUGGAGUUCCAGCUGUGCUGCUUCUCAGUUUCGAUGAUGUGGACUCAUAUUUCAUCUUAGAGAACAACCUUCCUCUGCGGUCGGCUCUGGAGACCAAAAAGAUGAUUCAGACUGAAAUCCGGAUGAUCACGAACGACAACUUUGAGCUGCCUCUGAAGCUCAUCUAUCCUCCUGACUUCUCUGAGUCCUACCUGUACGGCCUUCUUCUUAUUGUUGGCAGUUCCCUGGGCGCCCAGGCGGCGACGGAGGAGUUUGGGCUGGACUGGGCCUCUGUGCUGGCGGGGUCCGAGCAGGUCAUCGUAGCUCGGCUCGACGGCAGAGGCUCCGGGUUCAGAGGACAGAGGGUUUUACAGCAGGUCCAUCAGAGGCUCGGCACGGUGGACGCAGAGGACCAGACAGCAGCUGUGGAAUACCUGGCGGAUCUGCCGUUCGUCGAUCGCACCCGUAUCGGAGUCUUCGGAGAGGACUACGGCGGCUUCCUCGCACUGACGCUGCUGAAGUCGACUGAGAAGCUGAUCAGAUGUGCUGCGGUGCAGGCUCCUGUCACCGACUGGUCCAUGUAUGCCUCUGUCUUCUCAGAGAGAUACCUCGGCUCACCUUCAACUGAGAAGAACAGAUACCAAGCCUCCCGAGUUGUCACCAACAUGAAAGGUCUGCAGGGAGGAACUCUGUUUCUGGCUCACGGCACCGCAGACGCAAACGUUCACUUUCAGCACUCAGCGGAGCUCAUCAGACACUUGAUAAAGAUCGGAGCCAACUAUACUAUGCAGAUCUACCCAGACGAAGGACACUUCCUGUCAAGACGCAGCCGGAUCCAGCUGACUCACUCCCUGAAUGGUUAUUUUAGAGGAUGUCUGCUUGACGCAUCAUCAUUACUCGACCAACAUCAACAGGGACGACGAGUGAGAGGAAACGUGGUCAUUAUUACUGGACUGUGUGUCUUUAUGAGUCGAUGUGCCCCUGCUUGACUGUGUGUGUGUGUGUGUGUGUAUGUGUGUAUGUGUGUAUGUGUGUAUGUGUGUAUGUGUGUAUGUGUGUA